AUUCGCUUCGAUAAUUUUUUGGGCAAUUAAUUUAUUUCGAAUUGAAUCAAAUCCAAAAGGAUUGGUUUAAGAGUAUAAUUUAAACUGCAACGAAAAAGAUCGUCGAAGGAAAAGUGAAAAAGUGAUCGAGUAAGAGUAUUCUGGGCGUGUAUCAGACUUGCACUCAAACCGAGAGUGUCGUCAUCGCUUUCUCCUAACUCACCAUCAACAACUUCUCAUUAACAAUCAAUUUUAACUAAAAUAAAUUUUUUUUUUACCAUAAAAAAAGAGUUCCUGUUUGAUCCAUCUUAAGCAAUGUCAAGGUUUAUUUAAUAAAAAAAAAAAGUUGAAGAUGGGAUCACUAAGAAUAAUCGGUUUGAGACGUCGAUCACGUGCUUAAGUUGAGAGAAUUAUUACCUUGCGUGGAAUCCGGCGCUUUCCGAAGGUUAUCCGCCAGAAGCGAAGUCAUAUGAGACUCUUUCGAUGUAAUUUUCGAGUCAUGUGAAUUGCUCCCACUUUAAAAUUUUUUUUUUAAUAAUUAUCAGUCCGUUUUAUGUUUUGAAAUAAUCUUUAUUUAAAUUUGAUUUAAUUCAUUAAAACAAUGACAACCUUAUGAGUUCCUCAAGUGAAAGAAAAGAUUUGAUCAUCCUAUUGUAUCAUUAAAGAUUAAAGAAAGUACUUUCCAUUCAUAACUUAAUAUUAGAAAAUUAAUCUUUAAUUCAUAAAUUUAUUUUAUUAAGAUUAAAAAUUGUGGUUGAAAUAGUGUUUGCUCCAGGUGUCCAAGAUCCUGGUGUGGUGGGAUCAAUGGGACGUCGACGAAGUCGUCGUCGAUGGACGAUUACUUUCUCUUUCAUGGAAGUGGGAACGCGAUCUUCACAACUUGGCUGGAGCUGUAUAAGCGACCGAUAGUGGCACAGAAACGUUCAAACCGCGUUGUAUACACAACACUCAUUUUCUUCAAAAAUCAUGUGUUCCUUUUGAAGUUGCAAAUCGAUCCGAUUCGAAGCUUUAGGGGGAAGAACGAAAUUUAAGAAGAAUAAAAAAAAAUAAAUCAAGAUGAUCUGGACAACAUUAAUCGGAUUAUUAUUUUUGGCGACAUCAAAAUCAAUGGACGUCACAUCCUACAUAAACCAUUUACCGAAAGAGUUGCAAUCAUCCGUUGAAAAGGCUUUAAACCUCGAAAAAACUUUUACUUUCAACCGCAAUUCGCCAUUAUCGUGCCAACCGCGAGAAACAUCGAUUUCGUGUCCACCAAAUAAAUUCCGAAAACCCACCGGGGAAUGUAACAACAUUAGACACAGCCAAUGGGGCGUUCGUGGAACCCCCUUUUUGCGAGUAUUAAAACCCCAAUAUCAAGAUGGAGUUUCAAAACCUCGAGUUUCAUCGAUUUUUGAUUCAUCGCCACUCCCGAGUGCGGAAGAAGUUUCUUAUAUUCUCCGCCAAUCUUUUAGUAAACAACACGAAUCUGUUACGGCUCUUUUAGGAGCAUGGAGUGAGUUGUUGUUGCAUGAUUUAGCGUCGACGGGGAAUUUGAGAAGUAUUGAUUGUUGCUCGAGUAAGAAACACGAAGAAUGUUUUACGAUGACCGGGAGUUCUUGCCAAGAAUACGUCCGAUCUUUACCAACAAUCGAUGAUUGCACCGCAACGUUUUCGCAUCGAAAUCAAAUGAAUUUAGCGUCAUCGUUCUUAGACGCUUCCGCCAUUUAUGGAAACGACGAUGAAUCAAUGCAGCGUUUAAGAACUUACGAUGCAGGUUUAGUUAAUGUCAGCGCGUGCGCCGUUUGUAAAGCGAACGCUUUAUAUUCAGCGAUUUUACGCGAACAUAAUCGCGUUGCGAUUAAUUUGGCCCAAAUGAACCGGCAUUGGGAUGAUGAAAUUUUAUUCUUGGAAAGUCGAAGAAUCGUAGCGGCCGAAAUCCAACACAUAACUUACAACGAAUUUUUACCCAUUGUUUUGGACGAAACUUCCCUCCAAGAUCCAGGGCUUAAAUUAAAAUCAAUCGGGCAUUAUUCCGAUUAUUCGAGUUCAAAUCGCGCGGGAGUUUUUAAUGAGGUUGCGAUGUCCGCUUUGCCCGCAAUGAUUUCGAUGAUCCCCGCGAGUUUAAUGAAUGAAACGGCUGAAAAUUUCGCCGAAAUGAUCGAUAUUUUGAUAAAAACUCCCGCGCAAUAUGUAAGCGGUCAUAUUGAGGUGCCGUUAAGACACGGGUGGGAUACAACGACUUUGAUGGUUCAUAUGGGGCGAGAUCACGGCCUCCCCGGGUAUAUUUAUUACGCGAAAUUCGCCAGAAAUAUUUCUGAGAGGGAAAAAAUCGAAUUCGAUGAGUUAAAACGUUUCGGGAUUGACCAAAAUGGAAUUAACUUUUUAAAAAAAUCUUAUAGUUUUGUUGAAGAUAUUGAUUUAUUAGCCGGGGGAUUAUUGGAAAAACCGCUGCCGGGUGCGGCUGUUGGAAAAACGUUUUCGCAUUUACUCGAAGCGCAAUUUAAAUUGUUGAGGCGUUCGGAUCGGUUCUGGUAUGAAAACGAUUUGCCGCCUAGUUCUUUGACUUCUGAACAACUCACCGAAAUUCGAAAAGUAACCGUUGCUAGUUUGCUUUGCGCUAACACGGACGAUUUGGAUAAAAUCCAACCAAAAGCGUUUCUGCAGGAAGACAUCUAUUUGAACGCGCGGAUUUCUUGCGAACAACAUCCGAUUUUGCAGUUAACUCCGUGGUUGGAAAUGGAUCGAGUUGCUGAUUUAUCUGAGGAAAUGUUGAUGGAUGCUUUGGCCAAAGCGGAACAGGAAGUUUUGCAAAGACGGAAGCAAGAGUAUGAAGCUUGGAGUCGAUUUGGAGGUGUUGAUCCAAAAUCCCCAAGUGGAACAGCAGCUUCAUUCAGUAAAGCGAACAAACAAGCUUUAAAACUAGCGAAUUCCUCGCUACUUUUCGAAUUUGCAUCCCAAGAAAUCAUAAACUCACUAAGUAAUCGCCGAAGAAAGCGUCAAACUUUCGAUAACAUCCUCCAAACGAGCGAUUUCACCGACACAUUACAAAGUGUCGAUCUGUCAAGUUUCCUCGAUUCGAAUUCUUUCUCCGAUCCCGUUUGCGAAGAUACGGGGCCUUGCGAUGAAACCUCGCCUUUCCGCACAUUCAGCGGCCAUUGCAACAACUUAAGGAACCCCGCCUACGGGAAAAGCUUAACAACUUUCGCGCGACUUUUACCCAGCGCUUACGAAGAUGGUAUUUCAAAACCCCGCGUAACCGGAGUCACAGGAAUCCCGCUCCCAUCACCAAGAGUAAUCUCAACUUACAUUCACCCCGAUAUAAGCAACUUACACUCCCGCUAUACUUUAAUGACGAUGCAAUUCGCGCAAUUUUUAGACCACGAUUUAACCAUGACCCCGAUUCACAAAGGAUUCCACGAAUCAAUCCCCGAUUGUCGAUCGUGUGAUAGCCCAAGAACGGUUCAUCCUGAAUGUAACCCGAUUCCAAUUCCGAAAGGGGAUCAUUAUUACCCCGAUAGAAACGUUUCAACCGGCGGGGAUAUGUGCUUCCCUUUUAUGAGAUCAUUACCGGGUCAACAAACUUUGGGACCACGCCAACAAGUUAAUCAAAACACCGCGUUUUUAGACGCCUCUCAAAUUUAUGGGGAGAAUCAUUGCGUUGCCACGGAAUUAAAAGGAAACGGGGGAAGAAUGAAUUGCACGAUUCACCCGAUUCAAGGGAAAGAUUUAUUACCCCAAAGCGAUCAUCACCCCGAGUGUAAAUCAGGGUCGGGAUUAUGUUUCAUCGCGGGGGAUGGAAGAGCGUCGGAGCAACCCGCUUUAACCGCGAUUCACACAGUUUUUAUGCGCGAACACAACCGUUUAGUCGAUGAGUUGAGGAAAAUUAACCCCCAUUGGAACGAAGAAACCCUUUUCGAACACGCGAGAAGAAUCGUAGUCGCAGAAAACCAACACAUCACAUACAACGAAUUUUUACCGCGAAUUUUAAGUUGGAACGCGGUCAAUUUGUACGGAUUAAAACUCCUCCCGCAAGGUUAUUACACCGAAUAUAACCCAACGUGUAACCCGGGGAUUUUCUCGGAAUUCGCCGCGGCCGCUUUUCGAAUUGGACACUCGUUAUUGCGGCCUCACAUCCCGAGGUUAGACGAAAAUUAUCAAAUUUUGAAUCCCCCGAUUUUGUUGAGGGAUGGUUUUUUUAAAGUUGAUAUGAUUAUGAAGCCUUUGAUGGUUGACGAGAUUUCUAGGGGAUUAGUUUCGACACCGAUGGAGAGUUUGGAUCAAUUUAUAACGGGGGAAGUCACAAAUCAUCUUUUUGAAGAUCGUAAAAUCCCAUUUUCUGGGAUCGAUUUGAUCGCGUUGAACGUGCAAAGAGCGCGAGACCACGGAAUCCCCUCCUACAAUAAUUACCGGGCUUUGUGCAAUUUAAAACGCGCCACUAGUUUCGAUGAUUUAGCCCGGGAAAUCCCCGGGGAGGUCAUCGCUAGAUUAAAAAAGAUUUACGCUUCGGUUGAUGAUAUUGAUUUAUUCCCUGGGGGGAUGAGCGAAAGGCCGUUAAAAGGAGGAUUAGUCGGACCAACUUUCGCUUGUAUCAUCGCAACCCAAUUUAGGCAAUUAAGAAAAUGCGACCGAUUUUGGUACGAAAACGUUGAUCCAAACGUGAGAUUCACCGAAAAUCAAUUAGCUGAGUUAAGAAAGAUUUCUUUGGCGAAAGUUAUCUGCGACAACUUAGAUAUUUCGUCGGAUAUUCAAAGAUCAGCUUUCGAUUUACCCUCACACUUCUUAAACCCCCGAGUUGGUUGCACCUCAUUACCCGGGAUCGAUUUAUCCGCUUGGAGGCAAAGAUCGUCGGGUGGGUGCACCCUAAAAGAUCGUCAAUUACGAAUUGGCGAAUCAGCGUUUCCUUCGCCGUGUACAAGUUGUAUUUGUGGAGACGAUGGGAUGCAAUGUGCUUCGUUACGAGUCACGGAUUGUGGGCAAUUAAUCAAAGAGUGGCCUAGAAAUAUAAUACUGCAAGAUGAUGUGUGUACGGCUCAGUGUGGGUAUUAUUUAAGAGACGCCCCCUUUGUUAAUAUAAAAGCAACGGGAUUUAGCCAACUGAGGCCUUCGCCGUCGAGAAAUAUCCGAUCGAGAACUGUUAUUCAAAGUUUCGAUGCGGGCAAUCCUUUUCAAGGGUUCAAAUUACCCGAUUUAACGCAAUUUAUCGUUUAAAUCCACUAAUGAAAGAGUGAAUUGUAUAUAGAUUGCAAACAAGUUAAAAUCAAAAAGUAUAUAGAUCUCUAAUUAUUAUUAUUAUAAUUAUUAUUAAAAUUAUCUUAUAAUUAUUUUAUUGUAUUGUAAAAAAUGUAAAUACCAUUAGAUUCUUUAAGUCUUAAUGAAUUAUACGUGUAUUAAAUGAAUUUAAACGGUUACCAAUUUUAAGAGUUAACACUGCCCGUCUUGGUUGUUUUUAUAUAUUUACUUUAUAUUUACUUAUUAUUAAGAAUAAAUCUUAUUAUUUAA